ACGAGCCCUCAGAGUACGCCGCACAGAAACCACCAGCUUGGACUGCACAUUGGAACGUUCGGAGUGCGCAAUUGCGAUAGCAGAGACACCGCAAUGGAAGAACAAGACCGCAUCACGAUAACCAUCUGCGGUGACGGCGGAUGUGGUACGCCCAAUCCUGGUCCUCGCUCACACCACACACUCACACGCGCCCAGGAAAGAGCUCAAUAACACUACGUCUGGUCCGCUCGGAAUGGACAUCAGAGUACGUAUCCAUCCCCAUCUUACACGGCGCACCGUUGACACGCCCAGCUACGACCCCACAAUCGAAGACUCGUACUCCGUCACCCGCGCCGUCGACGGCCACUCAUACUACCUGAUGCUCACCGACACCGCGGGCCAGGAAGAAUACCGCGGACUCUGGGCCGCCUCGAACCUGCAGUCCGACGCCUUCCUGCUCGUGUACGAUAUCACAUCGCCCAACUCUCUCGACGCACUGGAAUACUUCAUGGAGAUGAUCGAUAUGGAGACGGAGAACCGGCUGGACAACGGCAAAGUCCCGCCUGUCAAGAUCGUGGCGGGGAACAAGUGCGAUUUGCAGGGCAUGCGGGCGAUUGAGGCGAAGAAGGGGUUGGAAUGGGCGCGGAAGCACGGGUGUGGGUUUAUGGAGACGAGUGCGAGGGAGAUGGUGAAUAUCGAGGAGACUUUUGCACUGCUUGUUAGGAGGGUCGUUGAGGCGAGGGCGAAUGCUGGGAGAGGAGGUGCGGGAGCCAUGUCGUACCCUCAGACACCAAAGCUACCGUCUACAGGAGAGAAGGCUGCACGGCAGCAGCACGCAGAGGACGACGAGGAGAAGCAGAGCUUUUGGAGUAAGCUGAAGUGCUGGUAGAGAGCAUGUGUCGAUGAUGCAGGGCAGGCUAGGUUGUUUGGAUAGGUUGGGUUGGCUGCGGUUGUGGAUUUUGUACUAUACCCGGUGGACGCACUCUUUGAGCUUCUCUUUUGUACAUCGAUAGGAAUUCAGGUCACUAGAAGUGAAUCCUGUGGCUGGACACGAUACCAGAGCGUCGUGUUGUACGCAGGAGUGUCCAAAAUUGCACACUUGAGCGUUUUGUAUCUACGACGAUUGUUGAGUACAAGGCAGU